UUAUGUUCCAUUCCAAAUCUUCCCCCCCAAGCUCGAGCCGCCGCCGCCGCCGAUCAGUCGAACCAGCCCCCUCACUAACCAAUCUCCCGAGCGCCCGCUGCCCCCCGACCUCAAGCCCCCGUUCGUGAAUGGACCACGGCUUCGACGGCGCGCUCCAGCUGCCCCCGGGGUUCAGGUUCCACCCCACGGACGAGGAGCUGGUGAUGUACUACCUGUGCCGCAAGUGCGGCGGCCUGCCCAUCGCCGCGCCGGUGAUCGCCGAGGUCGACCUGUACAAGUUCGAGCCGUGGCGGUUGCCGGAGAAGGCGGCGGGAGGAGGGCCGGACGCCAAGGAGUGGUACUUCUUCUCGCCGCGCGACCGCAAGUACCCCAACGGGUCGCGGCCGAACCGCGCCGCCGGGACUGGGUACUGGAAGGCCACGGGUGCCGACAAGCCCGUGGGGUCGCCCCGCCCCGUGGCCAUCAAGAAGGCCCUCGUCUUCUACGCCGGCAAGCCCCCCAAGGGCGUCAAGACCAACUGGAUCAUGCACGAGUACCGCCUCGCCGACGUCGACCGCUCCGCCGCCGCCCGCAAGAAGUCCAACAACGCGCUCAGGCUGGAUGACUGGGUGCUCUGCCGAAUCUACAACAAGAAGGGCGUCAUCGAGCGGUACGACACGGCGGACUCCGACGCCGCCGACGUCAAGCCGGCGCCGGCGCCGGCUGCCAAGAACUCGCGGCCGGGCCAGUACCACGCUGCUGGGCCGGCGAUGAAGGUCGAGCUGUCCGACUACGGGUUCUACCAGCAGCCGUCGCCGCCGGCCACGGAGAUGCUCUGCUUCGACCGCUCCGGGUCGGCGGACCGGGACUCGAACUCGAACCACUCCAUGCCGCGCCUGCACACGGACUCCAGCUCCUCGGAGCGCGCGCUGUCCUCGCCCUCGCCCGACUUCCCGAGCGACAUGGACUACGCGGAGAGCCAGCACGCGGCCGGCCUCGCCGAGGGAUGGCCGGGCGACGACUGGGGCGGCGUCAUAGACGACGACGGGUUCGUCAUCGACGGCUCGCUCAUCUUCGACCCGCCGUCGCCGGGCGCCUUCGCCCGCGACGCCGCCGCGUUCGGCGACAUGCUCACGUACCUGCAGAAACCGUUCUGAAUGAACGCGGCAUCCGUCAGACCCCUCUUCCUUAGCAGCCCCCACUAACAUGUUCGUCAGGUCUCGUGUAAUUCGGUUCAGGAAAACUGAUUAGGCGUGCAAAGCUUCCGAAACCUAUGCAGAUUAGAGGAAACUUAGUGAGGAUUAACCCGCACAAAUCUGAUACCCCUAGAUCGACCGAUCGAUCGGGGUUCGGAUGCAGAGUUUUCCCAAACUUAUACGUACAUACCAGGUGUUAGCCUCGUCAGGUUUUGGAUGGCAUUUGGGCGACUUGGUACAAGCUAGGAUCGUUGUACCAUGUGCCCUGCUGCCCCUGCUCCUUUGGCUGCCGCUUGGACAUGGCAAGCAUGCAUGGUCAGGUAGCCGUCGGGUAAUAUUUCAACUUUUGCUGUGGUCAUAUUGGUAGAUUCCAAAUUAGUAGAAAGUAGAGGUCAUCAAACGAGAGAAUGAAACCGAAGUUUUGGGUUCAGGAGCUGUGGAUCGUGUUGUGUAGCUAGUGUAGAGUUGGUUCGGGUUAUUAUUUUCUUCUCGAAGGACUUGGUUCAGUGUCGUGGCAGCUGGCUGACGCUUUUAGGUCAUGUUGUGUCAUGUGUAAUUGUAAUUGCGAAGAUGGUGUGAUAGAGUCGCUUUCAGUGGUGGUCACUCGGGUGACCUGGAAAUCCAAUUUUGUAAUGCAAUUAUCGUAAUAAUUAAACAGUGAUGUCAAUUGUAGUUA